AUGGCGGCCAUCGGGGUGCACCUGGGCUGCACAUCAGCCUGCGUGGCCGUCUACAAGGAUGGCCGGGAUGACGCGGUGGCCAAUGACGCCGGGGACAGAGUCACUCCGGCCAUAGCCGCCUACUCAGAGAACGAAGAGGUUGUGGGGUUGGCGAAGAGACAGAGUAGAAUAAGAAAUAUUUCUAACUCUGUGAUGAAAGUGAAGCUGAUCCUGGGCAGAAGCUCUGAUGACCCCCAAGCUCAGAAAUGCAUCACGGAAAGUAAAUGUUUAGUCAUCGAAAAAAAUGGGAAAUUGCGUUAUCAAAUAGAUACAGGCGAAGAAACAAAAUUUGUUAACCCGGAAGAUGUUGCCAAACUGAUAUUUAGUAAGAUGAAAGAAACAGCACACUCUGUCUUGGGCUCAGAUGCAAAUGAUGUCAUUACAGUUCCAUUUGAUUUUGGAGAAAAGCAAAAAAGUGCUCUUGGGGAAGCGGCUCGAGCUGCGGGUUUGAAUGUUUUACGGUUAAUCUACAAGCCCUCUGCUGCUCUUCUGGGUUACAGCAUCGGACAAGACUCCCCCACUGGAAAAAGCGAUAUUUUGGUGUUCAAACUCGGGGAAACGUCUUUAUCCAUCAGCAUCAUGGAGGUCAACAGUGGGAUCUACAGAGUUCUCUGCACGAACAUGGAUACCAACAUUGGUGGGACACACUUCACAGAGACCCUGGCGCAGUAUCUAGCGUCCGAGUUCCAGAGGUCCUUCAGAAAUGAUGUCAGAGGGAAUGGCCGGGCCAUGAUGAAGUUGAUGAGCAGUGCUGACAUCGCAAAGCAUUCCUUAUCAACCCUGGGCAGUGCCAACUGCUUCCUUGACUCGUUAUAGGAAGGGCAAGAUUUUGACUGCACUGUGUCCAGGGCCCGAUUUGAGCUUCUCUGUUCUCUGCUUUUUAAUAAAUGUAUAGGCAGAGACCUCCUAGAACAAAAUGGAUUUACAGCAGACGACAUCAAUAAGGUUGUCCUUUGCGGAGGGUCUUCUCGAAUCCCAAGGCUCCAGCAGUUGAUACGCGAUCUCUUCCCAGCUGUUGAGCUUCUCAAUUCCGUCCCGCCCGAUGAGGUCAUCCCUAUUGGCACGGGUCUGGAAGCAGUAAUUCUCGUUGGGAAAGAAAACCUGUUAGCAGAAGACUCUCUUAAGAUAGAGUGCUCCGCCAAGGACAUUUUAGUUAAGGGGGUGGACGCUUCAGGGGGCAGCCGCUCCACUCUCCUGUUCCCGUCGGGGACGCCCUUGCUGGCACGCAGACAGCAUACGCUGCAGGCCCCCGGGAGUGCGUCUUCCGUGUGCCUGGAGCUCUAUGAGUCCGAGGGAAAAAGCGCCGCAAAAGAGGAAAACAAGUUUGUGCAGGUUGUACUUCAGAAUUGAAAAAAAGAAAAUGGAUUACGUGAUAUAUUAGCUGUUCUUACUAUGAAAAGGUACGGAUCUUUACACGUGAUGUGCACCGAUCAGGAGACUGGGAAAUGUGAAGCAUUCACAGUUGAGGUGGCAUCCUAGUGCACUUGAGAAGCCUGCAAGUUUCUAGAAAUAGAACAUCAACAUUAUUUGGUUUUGUUUAUAAGUGAUGUUUGUAUUAAAAUACUUUUGAAUGAACUGUAUAAUGUUUCUAAUAAACAAUAAUUCAUUGGUA